CGACAAUCACCAUUGCUAUUAGCCGCUCCCAAGGCCGCGAUGCCAACGUAGCUCUGACUCGCCCUUUCUUCGCUCGCCCCGAGAUCGACAACUUGUGACACUCGACGCGUCCCUGAGCCCCCCCGUUUCGUGUCUUGCCUAGACCCCUUUGGUCUUUGUCAAAAGACAGCUUAAUCAACCCACGGGCCACCCUUGCUUUCCCCGGUUUGCAGCAGAUUCUCAAGAUCUGCGACGCCAAAAUAUCAAAACUGUCGCUCCCUCACGCAGACCUACCCACCGAUGCGGCAAACCUCUUCAUAAUAUCUCGAGCACUCUCCGGGGCUCUGAUCUUCCUCGCCGCAAACAUGGCCUUCGGCUUCUCCUCGAACGCGGGGAAUCCCCUGGGUGGAGGUGGAGGUGCCGGAGGCGCAAACAUGGGCCCCGAUCUGGAAACCAUACAGACUGAAGCCCUGGGGUUUCUGUCGGUCGCCAGCGACGCCAAGGUUCGUCUGACGAGCCCUUGGUCGUCCUCGCUUCCCGCCCCAACCUCGUCCCUCCUCAGCAUCGCGUCGCGAAAGGGCCUCGUCGCGGCCGCUGGCCCCGAUCAGCUAGUCAUAGCCUCAACCGAGUCCGUUCGAAAAGCAUUCGAGUCUCCGAAAGAUGGCGAUUCCGAUGUGCGAAGCUUCGAGCCGCAGCUUCGAGUUCCCAUGUCAAUGCGGAUCGCGCAAGUCGCCUUCACCGCGGACGAGAAAUACUUGGUCCUCUCCGCUGAAUCAGGUGGCGGACUUGCAGUCUAUGAAGUACAAAGCCUUCUACAAGGCUCGACGAGCACUACAUUCGAGCUCUCAACGAAUGGCGAAUCGCUGCGAUCGCUGAUUCCGAACCCGACGACGGAAAAGGCUGAGCUGUGUGCCAUUGUGACGACCAACGGCAACUUGCACAUGGCCGACCUCAAUGAAAGGUUAUUGAGCAGCACCCUCAAGACCCAGGUCAGCUGUGUGAGCUGGAGCACGAAAGGAAAGCAGCUCUGCGCCGGGUUGGCGGACGGCACCAUCCACCAAAUGACGCCGUCAGGCGAGGCCAAGGCCGAGAUCCCGAAACCGCCUGGCCUGGACAACUGCCACGUAUCGUCAUUGACGUGGCUGGAAAACAACCUGUUCCUCUCCAUUCACACGACCACCAACGCAGAUCCACCAUCCUCGGUGUACCAUAUUAUCACGAGGCAGCCACCGGCAUCUUUCACGUUCCAGAAGCUUGCUGACCCCGUUGCCCCCUUCGCUCUCGACAAGACACCCCACCAUUCCAUCCUUCGAUUGAAGGAUUUCGAACCUGAUCUCCAGGACCUCCUUAUCGUGUCGUCUACGGCUUCUACGGAGAUUGGCUUGCUAAGCCGAUCCAAGGCGCCUCUAGCAACGGACAAGCCAGCAGAUUCGAUUACUAGCGUAUUCACCACCACAGAGCUCCUGGACGAUACCAAGCGACCGACACUACCCAUGACUGACUCCAUGGACGACUCUACGCCUGUCGGAUUCGCCAUUGAUCUGUCAAGCAAGGACAAGGUUUACAAACCUAUCCCGGCAGAUGAAGAGCUCGAAGAGUCUCGGGGUCCUCUUCCAGGACUAUGGGUCUUGACUCACGAAGGUAUUCUUUGCUCUUGGUGGGUGGUGUACACGGAUUCCAUUAAGAAGGGAACGACCUACUCUGGCUUUGCAGCCCUCGAAGGUGCCCCAGCUGCCUCUACGCCGAAGCAGCCGGUACCUGCAGCCUCGAGCGGCCCAUUUGGUAGCACUGGUGGUUCUGCAUUUGGCUCGUCUGCAGCACCCGCCAUGCCGGCGUUCGGCGCAUCGACUCAGCUUGGAUCGAGUUCAUCGCCGUGGGGCGCUUCGGCCGCCAAGACAUCGUCCAAUACCGGCGGCGCUACCUUUGGUUCUAGUUCCUUCGGAGGUGCGCCGUCGGGCUCCCCGGCAUUCGGAAAGCCGAGCGCCGUAGGGUUUGGGCAGGCAUCGCAGGUUGGCAUGAGGACAUCGCCAUGGGGCAAUUCAGCUGGCGGAUUCUCUGGCUUCGCUAAAGGCGGGAACAACCAGAGCCCCUUCGGAAGCGCAGCCACAGCCGCGCCCUCAGGGGGCGGCUUCUCUGGUUUUGCUAAGCAGUCGGGCUUCGCAUCGGUGGGCGAGGGCAGCGGCGGCUCAAGCAUCUUUGGCGGCGAUAAGAAGCCCGCCAUAAAUCCUUUUGCGACCAGCGCAUCCAACGCGGACACUUCGUUCCCUGCCAAGGACAACAAGCCGUCCGGUGGCCUCUUCGGCUCAACGCCGUUCAAGCUCGAGUCGUCCUUCAAAGCGGACCCAUCGCAAAGCGAUAGCAAUGAGAAACCGUCCGCGCCGUCAGGAUCUUCUCUGUUUGGCAACGCAUUCGGUUCAGCGCUCAAUGAUGCGAACAGCCAGCCUCGAUCAACGACACCCCCGGCCAAGGAUGAAGACAUGGAUGCGGAACAGACGGAGCAGACGCCGCAAGCCGCGCCACCGAAGUCCCUCUUCUCCCCGCAGUCAAACGAAGAGUCGACUACGCCGAAAUCGACUCCGGCGCCGGGCAGAUUUGGAUUUCCCUCAUCGCCGGCUCAGGCUCCGGGGACGUCCCUCUUUGGCCAGCCCACCAAGCUCGGAAGCCAAAGUACUGGAUUCUCUGGAUUCUUCUCGCAAAGUGCAUCAAAGCCCCCUGUCGAGCCAGAAACCCCCAAAAUUAAAGUUGAGGAGCAGGAUGAUCCUCUGCCACCGGAUACCACUAGCAAGGCGUCGUACCCUCUUGGAGAGUCCUCAUCCUCUUCAGCGGCCUCGAAUGCUGCCAACAAGUCGUUCGAAUCGACGACGCCACCGAAGGCGGAUGAUGCGCCGCUGCCUCCAGAUUUUACCGCCGCCGCCACGCCCAAACCUGGCAAGCUUUCGACAGACGCGCCAUUACCGCCCGACUUCACCAAAGUCGGCGAGACGGUUUCGAAACCAAAGGAAGUGGAUGACGCACCGCUGCCCCCCGACUUUGCCAUGCCCUCUAAACCUGCCCCUGCGGAUGAUGCGCCUCUGCCCCCCGACUUUGUUUUGCCCAGCGCCCCGUCGAAGGAGGCGUCUGCUAUCCCAUCAGUUCCUGAGGAUGAGGGUGACGAGAGUGACUUGGGCGAAGACAAUGCCUCAGAGGGCAGUGGUGUGGAUGUCGCGAAGGAUCUCAGCCCUUCGACGAGCGGCCUUUCGCCAACUCCCGGGUUCACCCCACAGAGCUCCUUCGGAGGCUUGGGACGCCAGGCGCCUGCUACCGCCAAGGCGGACCAGGAGCGGCCAAAGCCGUUGUUUGGCGAGAUCAGCCGCAACGCGCCGCUGUUCCCGCGGCCGAGUGCCGCAAGCCCCCGUUCGCCAAGUCCCGUUCGCGGCGCUGUGCCACAGAGGGUGAUGAGAUCUGACUCUGCUCGAUCAGUCAGUGCCCCUGGAAUGGCAUCCCAGAUACUGGGGCCCAAGAAGCCAGCGGAGUCACAGCUCGGGGCUUCGAUCAUCAGCCGGGAGAGACUAGCAAAUGCCGAGGACCAAUUCCUCAUUCAGCGCCGGAAGCUGAAGGAGAAGCAAGAAGCGGAGGAGACGCAGCCUCUGGUCGACGAGGAAGACGACGAGCUGCAAAGGAUCCUUGCUUCGGAAGUCGAGGGUACGCUAGAGCUGGACGAGUUCGUCGCGCACUCGAACGACGCGCCACCAGCCGAGGACAGCGUCCCAUCUCAGGUCGAGGCGGUAUAUCGCGACAUCAACUCCAUGAUCGAUACGCUGGGACUUAAUGCCCGCGCCGUCAAAGCCUUCACCAAAGGCCAUACCGAAAGUCGGAGAGAAGGCGGUCGAUCCAAAGAGGACCUUGAAGACCCUGACGACUGGGUGCUGUGCGAGGUCUCGGAGCUAGGCGAAGUCUUGGACAUGGAGCUCCACAACGAGCUCGAAGACGGGCGAGUGCAAGAUCUAGAUCGAGACGACAAGCUAGAUGCCUGUCAAGAUCUAGCUCGCGACAUGCAGAGGCUCCGGGCCAAGCAAGAGGACCUCAAGAGGGUCAUCAUGACACGAUUGGAUCCGGACCAGGUCGAGCUUGCCAAGACGCUUCCCCUGAGCGCGGAGCAAGCGUCGCAGCAGAACGACCUGAGGCGCGAGUUUGCCAACUUCACGAAGCUCCUCACUCAGGCCGAGGAGGCGUUGACGAUAUUGAAAACGCGAAUUGCAUCAGCCUCAAGCUCAGCAGGUCGCGCAGGUGCCAACGUACCGACGGUGGAAGCUGUAAUCAGAACCAUCAAUCGGAUGACAGCAUUGGCGGAGAAACGGAGCGGCGACAUCGAUGUUUUGGAGACGCAGCUGCGUAAGAUGCGCCUCGGGUCGACGAGCCGCGAAGGAUCACCAAUGGUGACGCCACUAUCCAAGAGGAGCAUCAUGCUGUCUCCAGACUCAACACCGUCCCGCAACCUGCGGCAGAGCUUUUCAGGAAGCGUCAUGUCACUGGGAGGGGCGGCUCGGGCAACGCCACCACGACGGAAGGUGAGCGGGUUCAGCCAGGAGGAGAAGGGCGGGUUGAUGGCGAAAAAGGCGAGGCGUCAGGCGGUACUCGACAAGUUCAAGGAGAGCGUGGACAAGAAGGGCGUCAGUGUUUGGAACAUGGAGGACAUUGAAUGAAUAGGUAAAGCCUUCGGGCCUGCAUGGGACUACCUAUUCGCGUGACGGAGCAGACGAGCCGCAAUGGCAUGUUUAGGUAUUGUGUAGCACAAAUGUACUAACAACAGAGCACGCAAAAUGCUCUUGCCGUGCAGCCCUCCUGGACUCAUGUAUGCGCUUCUACCCAGGUCUGGGCUACCUUUUUCAACAUUAGAAGUGAG